AAGCGGAAUCAAUCUUAGCACCACCACACAAAUCUAAACAAAUAUGUAUAAAUUCUCUCACCUAUGAUUUGUAAAUUAAUAUCUAAUGCAAGCUGGAGAGCGAGGGCCCUCACCCUGUCAGGGAGCCCUCGCAGCUCUGUCUCAGAGGAAAAAUAAUCUGUUUCCACCAGGAGAUAAGAAAUAAAAUAGACUGCAUAAUUAAAACACAAACCCAGGAUGACCCGGACAAAUAGACAUAAAUUCGUGGUACCAAAGGCGGGGUGGGGAGCAGCACGGGAGAGAAAUGCACGGCAAGGAGAGAGUGACGUCCAAACAUUUCCUUUAUUACUAGCCUAGGGUAGCCAUAGGAUCCAACUAAAUGCUCUGUAUUUUAAAGAAGAGAAAUCACAAAAGCUACAGUCUAUUACAACUCGGUGCUAGCCCAUGGCUCUCGAACCCGCAUGAACACACACACACACACACACACACACACACACACACAAACACACACACACCGCUUUGCUAGCCGGAGCCUUCUCCCUCACCACCCACCCUCGGGGGAUCCAGUCGCAUUCCAAGACACAAAGCCGGAGAAGAAUGCGUUUAUAGCGGUGAUUUCUCUGGACCAUAAAAUGUCGAGAUAUUCUCGCUCCCCCCCCCCUAAAAAGAUAAGGCAAAGAGUCUGAGAGCUGAUUAGGUUGGCCUGGCCUCCUAUGGGGCAGGAAGGUAAAGUAUUUAUGACAUUUCCCUGGAAUACUGUCCCUCAUAGUCCCCUGAGAAUUGUGGAAUUCCAGAAAUAUCUCAUUUUGGGGAACCUGCUGAGAGAUCUCUAGAGGGAGAGCACCCACCUAUAAUGCACCCCUUCUCUACAUGCACCAGUCUUUCCUCCUCACCCUAACAACUUCAGCAAUCACACUUUCUGAUCAUCUUCCCUUUCUUCCAAGGCUUGGGUUAGGUGUGGGGAACUAAGAGAUCCCAUGAGCUCCUUCCAAACAGGCACCUUUCAGAAAAUUCCCUCUCUGCCUUUCUCCAUCCCCAAAUGUGCUCGUUUGGGUUGCUGGGGUAUGUGUGGUAGCCGGAAGGGAGAAAUGUUCCAGCCGGUAUAGACCAAGCUGAAUCAGUUGUGUUUUGAGUAUGGUAGGGAGGGGAUCCCAAAAAAAUCUGGAUUGAAUUUCUGAUGGAGAUUUUCUAAACAAUGGUGCAGAUUUUUCAUAGAAAAGCUCUUUUCUAGGUUCUUCCUUUCAAGGCAAUAGAAUUUCACAUUUUCGGGGUUUUGCUGACACCAUAUUCCCUGAAGAACAUUGUAAAAAUGGAAGGAAUCUGAGAGCUCCCAGGUUAUUUCCUCAGUAGUCCCUUUCUUUUGGGCAUUCCCCAUUCCUUUCUCCAUUCUUAGAUCAUGUUUUUGGGAGGGGGCAAGAAAAAAUAUUUUCAGUUUUUCCCUUAUACAAUCUUAAAUCUAGGUUGGAGGAAAAAAGAAAACAAAUUUCUUUGAAUUGCAAAGGUUUCAAGAUGGUCCUAUGUGUUACUGUAAGUUGAGUGGAUAUAUGUGUGCAUAUAUAACCUACAAAUAUGUAAACGGAAAUUAUGUACAUAUACAGUAUUAUUGUGUGCAUAGUAAGCAUUCAUAUACAGAACAGUAUGGUGUAUGCACAAUGCAACGAACAUAAAGCUAGGGAACGAAUAUGGCAUAUUAUGUAAAUAUCCGUACAUAUAGAGAUGCCUGUCUUGUGAAAUUCAUAUAGACUGUACAAUGUGUAUUUCUAUAUAUAAAGAGUAUUGUAUGUAUAAUAGUUUUAUAAUAACUUCACAUGCAAAGGUGGAAAAUAGAAGAAAGCCCGUUCCUGUUCUCUGCCUCAAUUCCUAUACACAAAGCCCACAAGUAUUUUUCUUUCUGAUUUUCUGUAUAUAGCUAAAGCUUCAUAUAGAUGUCUCUCUAGCCAGAUGCUAAGUGGAUUGCAAUUCUCUUUUCAAUGGAAUUAACUUGAAUUUGUUUUGGGCCAGAGGGGAAGUGGAAAGAAUCCCCUAGAGAAAAUGUUGGUAAAUAUAUACAGAAGCUCUGUUGACAUUUUUCCAUCUCAUAUCCAUGGUUGUGUGAAUAGGUCUGGAAUGCUGAAGGAGAAGAAAAGAAAAGGAACAAGUCUCUUUUCCAGAACCAGAUAGUUCCUGUUUUAUUGGAAGAUGAGGUUAUUAAAGAAUGGGUGCUGAUUCCUAUCCUGCAGUCCCCUCCAGUUCUCCAAAAGAAUAGAGGUCUCCAAAGAGCAGAUAUUUGGGGAGCAGAUUUAAAAAUCAGGUUUUAAAGUAAAAAAAAAAGGCCAGGGGAUAAGAGAUGAUGGGGGAGAGGGAGGGGAAGAGGAUACAAGACAGGCCUUUUACCCCCUUAAAAGAGAAUAGGAAGGACAGCAACAACAAAACCACCUGCAAAAAGGCGUCAGAGAGCAGCCCAGAAGCCUAGCUUCAUCUCUGCCAUUUUUUCUUUUCAGCAUUGUUCAUGCAUGUGUGUGUGUGUGUGUAUGUGUGUGUUGGGGGACAGUUAUAACAUACAAGCUAUCUAUCUACUUUCUCUACUUCCUCUAGUUUUUCCUUGGACACCAUUUUCUCUGGAUAAGGAGAGUUCAGGAUAAGUUUUUUUUUUUUAACCAGAAACCACCCAGCACCCCUUAUGGUCAGAGAAAGUGACCUCUGUAUCUCAUCCUUGGAAUAAUCUUAAACAUACCAGUUCCACUGAGCUACCCUUUGCUCAAGGUUCUAGCCCUUUGGGAGAAAAGGAAAGAGUUCGCCAUUGCACAUGACUAGGGAGGCAGGGUGUGUGUGUGUCAGGGGUAGGGAGUAUUGAAUAUUGUAGCCACUGUUUUCUCCCUACAAUUACCCUGGUUAGGAGAUUCUCUCUUUAGGGUGGGGGGCUUGGCCUCCAUCUCCUGGUGACCCAUUCCUCCUCCUGAGGUUUCUGUACCUGUUGAGGUAACCUAAGCUGACCUGGUGACAUGUAAGCAUCUCUCUUUCCCUGUGAGAAAGGCUGAAGGGAGAGAAGGAAGGGGGUGGAGGAAAAGGCACCUUCAAAUAGGAAAUCGCACCUUGAAGCAUCAGCCCCUCGCUGCUAGCUCUGGUUUGCUCACCCCCAACACACACACACGCGUCUCCCCAUCCCUCCUCUACCCCUCCCUUCCUCCCUCCCCUUCCUCCUUCUAGGUCCCCCCCUCCACGAACCCCCCAACUCUCUCUCUCUCUCUCUCUCUCUCUCUCUCUCUCUCUCUCUCUCUCUCUCUCUCUCUCUCUCUCUCUCUCUCUCUCUCUCUCUCUCUCUCUCUCUCUCUCUCUCUCUCUCUCUCUCUCUCGCCUGUCUUCAUGUCGUGGAUUGAUGAACGCGAAUCGCGUGUAAGCGCCGCCACCGCCGGGAGUCUGAGGAAUUCGCCUGGGCUGUUAAAGGAAAGAGCGAAGUGAGAGAGAGCGAGAGCUCUACCUACCGACAGUAAGGAGAGACGCCGGCAGCAGCCAGCCAGCCUAGCUCGUCGCCUUGCUCGCCCCCUUAGCCUAUGGAGCUGCCCUGAACGAGGGCAGAGGCAGACAGAGACAGGCACCCAGGCGCGCCCCCAAUCCGUCCCUAACCCCUAGCCCAGCCUAGCUCAACCCAGGGGAGCCAGUAAGCCUGGGGUUUGCAUCUGGGGGGGGCAGUGUUUCGAGGUCUCGGGCGGGGGGGUAUCAGGAGUCAUAGGAGAGGGGGCCGUGGGGUUUUCAUGCUCCCAGCAUGAGCUCCUACUUUGUCAACCCCCUGUUCUCCAAAUACAAAGGCGGUGAGUCCUUGGAACCGGCGUAUUACGACUGCCGGUUCCCUCAAAGUGUGGGUAGGAGCCAUGCCUUAGUAUACGGCCCGGGCAGCACGGCGCCCAGCUUCCAGCACGCCUCGCACCACGUCCAAGACUUCUUCCACCACGGAACUUCGAGCAUCUCCAACUCCGGCUACCAGCAGAACCCGUGUUCCCUCAGCUGCCACGGAGACGCCUCCAAAUUCUAUGGCUACGAGGCGCUCCCCAGACAGCCCCUUUAUGGGGCUCAGCAAGAGGCGAGCGUCGUGCAAUAUCCCGACUGUAAAUCCUCCGCCAACAGUAACAGUAACGAAGGACAAGGGCACCUAAAUCAAAACUCGUCUCCCAGUCUCAUGUUUCCAUGGAUGAGACCCCACGCUCCCGGGCGGCGCAGCGGACGACAAACUUACAGCCGGUAUCAGACCUUGGAACUAGAAAAGGAGUUUCUCUUUAAUCCAUAUUUGACACGAAAGCGACGGAUUGAGGUCUCUCACGCUCUGGGACUGACUGAAAGGCAAGUGAAGAUUUGGUUCCAGAACCGGAGGAUGAAGUGGAAAAAGGAGAACAACAAGGAUAAACUUCCUGGAGCCCGAGAUGAGGAGAAAACAGAAGAAGAAGGGAACGAGGAAGAAGAGAAAGAAGAGGAAGAAAAAGAGGAGAACAAGGACUGAAAGGGGGAAAAGAUUUUUUUUUUCUUUUAGCAACUCCCUUGAAGUUUCGUUUUAUGGUAGAGGAUAAAUUGAGAAGUUUACGACUGUCAUUCGCUUUUAUAGAGAAUAGAAUGAGACUCACAACUGUAACUACCUGUCAAAUACUUGUAACUCUGGUUUUACGAUCAUUGGACUUCCCCCUAGCUUUAUAUUUUUGGGGGCUGGGGAGGGGAGAUGAGGGUGCUGGGAUGGUGCUGGGUGGAGGCGGGAGGAGGAAUCUAGACACAUAGAAAAGUUUUGGCUCUUGCCUCAACAAGCUCCCCACAACCCCUACAAACAUACACACACACACACACACACACACACACACACACACACACACACACACACACACACACACACACACAUGCUCCUCCAGCCUCUCUCUUCCCCUAGUAUUUCAGAUCUGUCCCUCUUCCUCUCUGCUCUCCCUUUGGAUAUAAACUGCAGUCCCACCUCACUGCCUUUUUGGUAUUUAUUUUUAUUGGGGAGUCCUCCCCCCAGGCUCUGAAAGAGCUGAGGGAAGAGGAGAGGGGGUUCCUUGCUUUUUCUUCUGUGCUGUGGUUAUAUUAUUAGAUUUCCCCCCUCCCCUCUCAUUCAUUGUUCCUUUUGAGGGAGGGGAAGAGUCCCUACUUAGAAUGACUCCCUUGACUUUUCCUGGAACCUUAGGGAGACCUGACGUUCUGCUACCCCCACACCCCUAGGAAGCAGAGAUCAGUAUGUAGCCUCUCUCUAUAGAAUUUCUUCCAGUCAGGCCACGGUCAGUCUCCCAGCCAGUGCUCUGUGUUUUCUGUUGUCCAAAGAGGCAGCAGCUCUGUGUCCAGCUUCCCCCAGCCCCUAUAUGUGUUAGCUCUCUGAAGUAAUAAUGAUGAUGAUGAUGAUAAUAAUAAUGAUAAUAAUAAAUCUUUAAUGUACUACCUAAAGGGAACCUGCAAUAAUCUUGAAGAAAAAAGAAAAAAAAAAGAAAAAAUUCCCAUCCCAGGAGGGAGGGGGGAAAAAAAGGGGAAAAAGAAAAAAAAGAAAAAAAACCGUUAUAAGCCUCCAGCGUAUUGUAUUACUACCUAUAGAAGAAAGCCCUGCUUUGAGAGUAUUCGUAUUGCGGUUUUGUUGUCGUUUGUCGCUGCUUAUUUUAUGAAGAAGGUGCCCAACAACUAAAACUGCCUAGCUCACCAGUACUGUGUGUUCCUUUAUUGUGCUUUGAUACCCAGUAGAGUAGGAACUAAAUUGCACUGAAUGUAUAGUUAACUGUCUUGAACUAUCUGUUUAUGCAACGUGCUCGAAAGAAAAGAAAAAAAAAAGAUAAAAAAAUAUAUCUAUAAUAAUAAUUUCUGGUCAUUCGUCUUUAUGUCGAGCUAUGAAUGUAGAUUUUGUGUGGCCACAGCCCUGUUUCUGGUCCAAGUACUUUGUAUUGUAUACGUGAAACAUAAUAAAAACAAAAACAAACAAGGAGAAAAACAAAAA